AUGACGGAAGGGCAACAGACCGUUUCUUUGAAUUGGUCAGCAGACGUUGCAGGUUCCAGUUCUUCCACCGAAGAUGACGAGGAUGAACUAUGUUGUCGAAUCUGCCGUCAAGGAGAAGAGGCCGGCAAACUGUAUUGCCCAUGCAGAUGUGCUGGGAGCAUCAAAUGGAUUCACGGGGCUUGCCUGCAAGCUUGGCUGAAGAGCUAUGAGCGGAAACCAGCAUGUGAAUUGUGCGGUUAUCCUUUCGAUUUCAUAUCCGUUUAUUCCAAGAACGCGCCUCACCAGCUCACUUUGGCCGAUUGGGUAGGAGCCUUUUGUUCCUCUAGCUGGCGUGUGAGCCACCGAGUGUUGCGAAUACUCUACGCCAUUGGCCUUUGGGGCAUAGUGCUGCCAAUUCUCACCAUUAUGGCGACCCGCUCGAUUUUUGGUCGGCGAGCAAGGCCUGAGCUCACUUCUGCGUGGCAUGUGUUGCCCUUGACCCUUGAUAUUUUUAUUGGAGAGUGCUUAUCUUUAGCAGGUAUAGCCUUCAUCUACUUUCUGUCUUUUCUGACUGCAGUUAGAACAACCGUGUCCACCGAUGGGAGGUCCUCGGAAGGCAGCUCCCAAGCGGCAGAGGGGGAGGCCUCUUCAGCUGAGCCCAGUUCGUCCAUCGGCAGUCAGGCUGAGCCCAGGCAACGGCUGAAUGAAAAUGACCCAGAGGAGGAUCUGAUGGUCAUCAUGGGCUUAUCUGGGAAUCCGGUGCGCUCAUUCUUGAGCAUGUUGAUCUUCCUAUCUGCGAACAUUGCUGGUGUCUACCUGUUCUUGGGUAUUCCUUCGUUCCUGGGUAGAUGGACACUACGCUCCGUGCUACCCUGGAUCCAGGCAAUAUCGCCAGACGUUGUUGCAGUUCUGCUGUGGUCUUCCAGUGAAACGGAACUCUCGCGGUCAAGACCGGCAGACCGCCAAUUUGUCUCCGGCAGGCCUGUUGUGCUUCCUUCAGCUGGAGCAAGUGUGCUUCUGGACAUGCUCGGACUUGCGAUGGGGUACUUCGUUGUGGCCUGCUGUGCAAUUAGCUUUGUUCUGGUCAUGCUUUUGCUGGGAGCUGCAGCUGGCUACAAUUCCAGAAGUUGGCAGGCUCUCAGAACUUUGAUGAAUGUCGCAGAGACUCAGCUCUGCAACUUCGCCUCAGAGGGAUGGUGGAGGUUUCAGCGUCUCACCGUUGCGAUUCUGCAGUGGGUGGUCUUCCCGGCCUACGUGGGGCAUCUCGUCUUGUGCUUCCUUUGCGGCCCAGUACUUCACCUUUCUCAGCAGUCGAGGGCCUCCAUCAUGAACUCCAACCCUCUGAUUUCAUUUGUCAUGCAGCUUUUCAUUGGCUACGUGCAUCUUUGGGGCUUUGCCUUCAUGGAAGGGUGCAUUGCGAGUGUUUUAGUGCCAGAAGCUAUUCAGCGUGCAUCCGUGAACUUCUUCGUUGGAGCCAUCAAUUGCCAUAGGCGCUUAUUUGGCACCAUGAGCGAAGAUGCAGGCACAGGCACAGCAGACUCUCUGCCCAUGCCCCCGCACUGGGCCACGCUCAAAUUGGCCUUGGUGCACGUUGCCGUGCACACGCCUUUGGUGUUCACAGUGUGGUACCUACCAGCCUAUUUGCUUGACAGGCUUCUUGGGCAGUCUUUGUUCCCAAUGUUGCUGGUGGACCAUUCAGGCGAAGUCCUGGAAGGCUUGCACAGGAGGGAUCCACUUUUCCUUUCCAGUUCGAUGGCUUCGGUACGAUCCAACAGCAAACCGGCCGUUGGGGAAGGGCAGUCCUUGUUUGUCUUGGAGCUCUUGCAGCUUUACGUGCUGGUGCUCCAGUGCAUACGAAUACUAGAGACUUCCCCUGUGAUGACGAAGCUGAUUUCUGCGCUGCUGCGAUGUGGAUUGCGUUUUGUUGGACUUGGGCACCUAUUGGUCGGCGAAUCCGAGUCUAGUGAGUCGACUGAAGAACCCGAAGAGCUUGCAGCGACAAGAUGUACGGGCAAGGCGAUUCUGAAGAACAGCUGGAUCCACUGGGCAACCAAGCGUGGCAAAAUCUUGGGAGUCACCAGCAUGCUGAUUCUGUGCUGCUGGUCAGUCAUGGCCCUUGUCAUGGCUCUUCCGCUAGCUCUUGGUAGGCUUAUCGUCCGGUGCAUUUUGUCCUCCCAGGCCAAGCAGAUCUCGGACUUUCUUCCGCUGAGUAUGGGUGUGGUCGUAGCAUCUGCUUGGAUCCUCGUCAUGGUGAAGCUUGGCGAGGCCCUUCCCAGAAUCCUGGAGCAAGCCUCGGCACUGAGGAGACGAAGGUGUUUGCACAUCAUCACCUGCGGUUUCUCUGCCUUCGGCAUGGCGGUUGCUGUGCUGUGGUUCUUCAAGAAGCUUCUUCUUUCAGAGGGUGCCCUCCUUGGCAUCAAGGGCUUGGAACGUGCAGAGAACUUUCCUGCACUGGCGCGAGAAGCGGUUCAAGAAAGCCGUGAACGAUUGACGAAUCUGGAAGGAUGCAGUCCUGGUGAGCUUGUUUCUUUGGUGGAUGGAGUCUCCAACAGCCUCUGCCAAAUUGCGGAUGCAGCCGAAUUGGUGCGCAAUGUUCACCCACAAGAAGCGUAUGUAUCCAACGCAUCUUCGGCAGUGCAGGAGGUAGCAGGUUUCAUGAGUGAGGUGAAUCUUGACAUUGGUGUCUACGAGCCCAUGAAGAAAGCGGAGGCAUCAAGGGAGUUCGAAGAAAUGUCUCUAGAAGCACGCACGGUUCUGCAUCACAUGCGAAUCUCAAUGGAGCACGAGGGCAUUCACUUACCAGCAGCUGAGAAGACAGAGUGCAUGGAGCUCUUGGAUUCUGAGCAGCAGCUGUCAUUUGAAAUCCUCAACCGGCAGGAGCAAUUGCGACACCAAGCAUCCGAGGAGGGGGCAUGGGUGCCCUUGGAUUCUCUGGAGGGUUUUGGAGAUCUAAGAGGGCACAUAGGAAGACUGCCACGCCGCAAGGCCAGCCAAGAAGAGGUCCUUAUACCGAGAGAUUCGGUGCUUGCGGAUCAGAUUCUGAAGACCGCCCCCAGCCCCGAGGCAAGGCAAAGAAUCCACGAAGCUCAACAAAAACGUGAUGCGGUGGGAGAGGAGCACAUGGUAUCCUUAUUGGCAGUGCGGCAAAGACUGGCAAAGCUACGUGGAUAUGAAAGCUGGGCGCACUGGGCCCAAAGAGAUGCUUUGUUCACUUCGCCACAAAAUGUUCAAAGCUUCUUGGAUUCUGCCUGGCAACGUCUCAGACCUGGCCUAGAAGCUGAGCUGCAUCUUCUUUCAGAGGAGAAGCAGUCUUUGGGGCAAGAGAAGGACCUUCAUGCUUGGGAUGUCCCGUACUUCUUGCAAAGAUGUAGACAAAAGCACACAGAGGCUGAUGAGAUCUCAGAGUUCUUGACUUACCCAAACCUCGUGAAGGGUGUUGAGCUGAUUCUUUCGCGCCUACUUGGCCUUAGCUUUACACAGGAGGAGCCAGAAGCUGGUGAGCUUUGGCAUCCCUCUGUCCAAAAGUAUGCCAUUCGCGAUGAGAAGCAGAUCCUGGGAAUUUUGUAUUUGGACCCAUUCCAACGGCCUGGGAAGAGAAUUCAAUCUGCACAGUUUACACUGCAAGGCUCCAAACUUCUGGAUGAUGGGCGUCAAACUCCAAAGACCUGUUUGGUCUAUGCACUCCCGCCUGCAGUGGGUAGGCUAACAGCCAGCUUUGCGACAACUUUUAUGCAUGAAAUUGGACAUGCUGUCCAUUCCCUGUUGUCGGAGACGCAGUUUCAACACCUUUCAGGUACACGUGGGACGAUUGACUUUGUGGAGUUCCCAUCUCAUUUAUUUGAGCACUUUGUGAUGGACCCGGAGAGUCUGGCAACAUUUGCUGCUCACAACAGCACAGGUGAAGCGUUGCCAGUGCGAUUGCGUCAAGCACACCGCCAGCAUCCAUUUAGCCAUUUCGAAGCGGUGCAGCAGCUCAUGUAUGCUGCUGCAGAUCAAGCCUUCUUUGACUUUCAUCCUUCUGCAAGCGCAGAAGAGCAAGUGCCCCUAGUGCAUCAACAUCUCCGGGACUCGUUUUCGAAAUACGAGCUGGACCUAGAUGGACCCUACAAAGGAUCCCUCAUGGAAAUGCUGGGCCUCUCAACGCCGUCACGUUUUGACCACUUGAUCCACUACGGUGGCUCAUAUUACUGUUAUCUCUUUAACAGAGUGCUGGCCUCACCUCGUUUUGACUCCGCACUACGAAACGUGUUGGACAGAAACUGGGUUGAGGCCCUGGCUGCACAUGUUUGGCGACAAAGUUUCGAAGCAGAUCCCUUCAACCCAGAGGUUGGCGUCCGGCUGCGAGGACUGCUGCGGCAAGGUUCUGUGGUGCAAACCUUGGAUGUCAUCAGAGAGCUUCAUGGCGAUGCCUUCGCAGCACAUGAAGUACCCUUGGAUGCCAUGAUGGAGUUGUCUCAUUCAAGAAGUGGCUGAGCAACCAGGAAAAA